AUGUAUGAGACCCAUCGGAAGUUUCCCGAAUUUUAUCAACCUACGGAGCUGAUGGAAUUGUAUGAUCCCAAAGGUGAUGUCAAAAUCGACGGGGCCAAUUUCUUGUGCUCUUGUGGCGUUUCGAUGAAAAAGUACCGUAUCCAGCGGAUGAAUCACCAUCUUCUUUCGCAGGCCCACUUGGAUAAGGAAAAGCUCGUCAUACUUGUCAAAGAAGACGAGAAAAUUAAUUUCAUCGAAGAUAUAAAGGCCCGUUUUACACAUUCCGAAUGCACACUCAUCAAAAAUAAAACUAUGGAAUUGUCCGACGAGCUUCUCAAUGAAUUCUAUGCACAAGGACAAACCAUUCUUCCCAUUGCUUAUCGAUUACAUGAGCUCUGGACCAGUCGUCGCGAUGCUCUGGGAAGGAUGUGA